UCUCACUCCACCUCCGCUCCGGAUCCCCCCGCCCGCCUCCACCGACCCCCCCGCGGCGGCGCCGGCGAGAUGCCGCCGUCGAGCCGCCCGAGGGAGCCGCUCUCCCUCUCGCUCCCGGGCGCCGGCGGCCGCUCGCAGGACUUCCCCUCGCUCUUCUCCGACCUCACCUCGCUCCUCCUCCACCACUCCCCCGCCGCCGCCGCCACCCCCCACGGCCGCGCCCCGGUCUUCUCCUCCUCCACGCUCUCCAUCCCCGCCCCCGCCGCCCCGGCGCAGGCGCAGGCGCAGUCCCAGCCGCAGGCGCCGACGCCGCUGGAGCGGGCGGCCAUCGGGGCGUGCGCGGGGGCGGCGGCGGGGGCCUUCACCUACGCGGCGCUGCUGCCGCUCGACGCCGUCAAGACGCGGCUCCAGGCGGGGGCCGCCUCGCGCGGCUCCUGGCAGGUGUUCGCCGACAUCCUCCGCGCCGACGGCCCCCUCGGCCUCUACCGGGGCCUCUCCGCCGUCAUCCUCGGCUCCGCCACCUCCUCCGCCAUCUACUUCGGCACCUGCGAGCUCGCCAAGUCGCUGCUGCGCCCGCACCUCCCCCCGUUCCUCGUGCCCCCGCUCGCCGGCGCCAGCGGCAACAUCUCCUCCUCGGCCAUCAUGGUGCCCAAGGAGCUCAUCACGCAGCGCCUCCAGUCGGGCGCCGCCAUGGGCCGCUCCUGGCAGGUGCUGCUCCAGAUCCUCCAGGCCGACGGCUUCUUCGGCCUCUACGCGGGGUACGCAGCCACCCUGCUCCGGAACCUCCCCGCCGGCGUGCUCAGCUACUCCUCCUUCGAGUACCUCAAGGCCUUCGCCCUCAGCAAGAGCAACGCCGCCAACCUGACGCCGGGGGAGAGCGUGCUGUGCGGCGCGCUCGCCGGCGCGAUAUCCGCGGGGCUCACCACCCCGCUCGACGUCGUCAAGACCCGGCUGAUGACCAGGGUGGGCGCCGCCCAGGGGAGCCGCACGGUGGUGGGCACCAUGCAGGAGGUCAUCGCCGAGGAAGGCCUGAUGGGUCUGUCCCGGGGGAUCGGACCGAGGGUCCUGCACAGCGCCUGCUUCGCUGCGAUUGGCUACUGCGCCUUCGAGACGGCCAGGCUCAUGAUCCUCAAGUCAUACCUUGAAUCGUGCGAGAGGAAGGCCGCUGCCGAGACCAAGACCGGAGUUGCCGCUGCCUGAGUGUGUAUGAUUCCUUUCCUUCUUUCAGGAAGGCACUUCUUGUAGGAGAAAUCUGUAGGAGGGCCAUCUGAGGAUGCGACGUACAAGCACCUGGAGCUAUGGAACUUUUGAUGCUUAGCAACCUGCAAGCAGGGGAAGAAAUUUCAUCAAGUUUCAAUUUUGGGUUUUGGUUCUUGUGAUGCAUCGGAAGACUGAAAGAAAGCUUGAUGCCAUCCCUGCAAAGUAUGGGAAUAGAUGGACUGCGAGUAAGGAUUACGAACAUAGAGAAGAAGCCACUUGUGGUCUACAAGAGAAGCAUUCGUAACUGCAGUGGCUGCCAAGAUACCAACGGGAUCUCCUGGUGUCACAGAACUGGAUGAGUCUGUCGAGUCAAACUUGACAACUGAAUUUCCGCACGAGUUUCUUAUGGUUCCAUCAUAGCAUGCUACAACAUCUCGGAGCAUUGCCAUCAUGUUCUUGAAGAGAACGCCCGGCUCCACAAGUCCUUUAGAUGCGCGUAUUGUCUUCUCCCUUGCAGAUAUUGAAUGGAGUAGGUCCUCAUAUGGGUUCAGUCCAUUGCAAAAUGAGUUCCUGACAAAACCAUGUGCCUCCAAAGGAUGGCAACCAUUGGUGCUGCUGCCGCACUUGCUUAGCGACUUGGAUACGCAAUCCUCUACCAAGCUGCCAGAAUAUAAUCUUCCGUUGCGCUGCAGCUGAUGUCCCAAGAAACCAAUCUGCUCCACUACUUUGGUCAUGGCUGAAUCUCUCUUUUGGUCAACCAAGAAGCGAAUGUCAGAAGAAGUAAUGAAGUCCACAAUUGGUUUCCGUAACUUGUCAAGAUCAAGUGUCUGAUGCUGUAUUGUCUGUGGUAUUGGAUUCUGGACAUUGAAGUCUCUCAGGCUUACGCUGAAACCAUCAGUAAA